AUGGGGACCAGUGUGUGGGACACGUACGUCAACGUCCCGCCCACGCCGAGCGCUAUCCCGCCCAGAAUCCCCCACGAGUACGUCCCCCACGCCUCGCCCGCGAACGACGUCUGCGAGCUGUACCGCAGCGCGAUCGCGAGCGCCCAGACGAGGAUAAUUCGCGACGUCUCAACGCUCGUCCGCGUGGACACGCCGACGACUUUUGAGACGCUCAGUCCGACGUAG